CACGGGCGACUUUUUAGGCGAUCCAAAAAAAAUAUCAACUAAAUUGGAUCGAGAAGCAAUAAUUACGAUCCUCCACGGCCGUUCUUACACCGCUGCUGUCCUUAUUCAUUGUUGGCGGGUAGUGCCAAGGAUCACCUAGCACAUCCGAUUCCUGCGAAAUCGAACAACUCGGAGAAGAACAGAACAGCUUUCUACGGAAAGGCCUUGAUGGGAUCUUUUUUGACAAAUAUUUUGUGCUGGAUAGGAAACAAGAAGAAAUGAAGGUUGAAAACCUAACUGAUGCUCAAAUCGAACUGUACAGUUUGCUAAGUUCGUUUGGCAUGUCCGAAGACAGUGUUAAUCAGUUUCUAGAUAACGGAUACGAUUCACAUUCCUUGGAGAUUAUUGAACGUCCAGAGUUGGAAACUUUGCUGCCGCCUCUAUAUUUAGCAGAUCGGUCCAAAUGUAUCUGGCUGGCGCAAGCAUCAAGGACUUCUUCCAAUAACGAAGCCACUGAGUAUUAUCGACCAGAACAUACAUUCAACAAGCAGAACAAGAGACGACUAUACAGCAAAGUAGCUGCUUCAACAAUCCGACAAAGGGCGCGCAAUCAUUCAACACAAAUCAAGACUCCUUUCAAGAGAUACUAGAUGUCCAACUAUUAUGAUUGUAAUGCAGACAUUGAAAAAUCUAUUGUUAUUAGGAAUAUAUAGAUAAU